AUGGUCGCUAGUGGGACAAAUCAGGCCGUGAAGUCCUCCUCUUCGCAUGACUCCCAGUCGUCGCUCGAAUGCUGCGACGGAGGGGUCACCGUUACCCUUAAUCGCUCACUCGGCCCCGAGUCUGUUCCCCCCCCGCCGACCGAUGCGGCGACGACCGAGCCGCCUCGCGCCGCGACGGUGACAGUGAUCGAGCCGCAAGUGCUGCUCCUGUCGCUCUCCGUGCUCCAGUCGCGCGUGUCGCAUCUGCAGGCUCUGCUGGGGAUGCUCGCUCAGCCGUCGUCAGCGCUGAAGAUUGAGGAGGCGCCUUACGAGCAGGCGGCUGUAGCGGUCGGGACCAUGAUCCGACAGCUCGCUGUAGCGGCCGUCUCGCUUCUGCCGCCCAACCAGCAGGCGGCCGUUCUGCAGAGUGAGCCCCUGCUACAGCCGGCGCCGGGGGCUCAGCCUGCGUCAUCCAACCCACCAGCUCCAGCUGACGGAAAUCCGUCGCACCCCAACGAGGGAACUUCAAAUCUGGCUCCCUCUGUGCUUGCUCCGGCCGCCACCCAUACUGCUGCUGCUCCGGAAGCAGCGACGUUGAUAUCUCCGAAGUUGAAAUCCAGCUCGACCAUUGCCGAGCCUGGGGAGCUUCGGCACAGGCCUGCUGGAGAGGCAAUAGACGCAACACUGGGGCGCGGCCCGUCCCUUGAGGCGCAGAGUUUGACCGUUAGACAAGUUGUCGGGAUCAAGCGAGGGCGCGACCACAUGUGCGGCGCGGAACCUGCUGCGAAAGCCAUCUGCCAUGCCGAACCCCACCAAAGGAGCAGUUUGUGCGGUCGGGUGCUUCCUCCAGGCCUUGGAGUUGCCGUUGCUGCACAAGAGCCUGAUUCGCUGGGCGCCACGGUCACGGAAACUGGGGGAGACAUGGAAGCUGGGAGUGACAAGGAGACCGAACCCACGGGAGCAAACCCGUGCGGACUUCCCUCUGCCGGUGUUGUGUCGGAGGUUUUCAGCUGCCCGGCUUCAGGCUGCCCGUUCAACAAGCAGCAUCCGGGUUUCCGCGCGUUCAAGUCGAAGGCGUCGCUGAGGAACCACUACCGCCGGACGCACGCGGGUGAGGCGCUGCUGUGCUCGCGGUGCGGCAGCAAGUCGUUCUGCCUGCCGGCCGACCUGGAGGCUCAUGAGAGGCGCUGCGGGCUGCGGAGGUGGCUGUGCUCGUGCGGCAAUUCAUUCAGCCGAAAGGACAAACUAGCCAACCACUUGAAGGUCUUUCCAAGUCACCACGAGCUUGCCACCCAGAGCACGCCACUCCCAGAUCCAUCAUAUGUGCAGCAUACCAGCCCAGCCCCAGUCGAGCAAUCUGGUCCGUUCAAUGCAAGUGAUCAGUUACCCGAUGAUCCCCGUAACAGUGUCGACGUUAACGCACAAGGUUGUUACGAUGUCACAACGGGUGCGCAUCAAAAUCCAGCGAUCGCAAGUUCCGUGCUUGAACCGUGCGCUGGUCUGCUCUACAAGGAUGCAGUGAGUGCUGUUGAGGCACUGGCGGAGUCUUUUGCGCAAAAGAGCAAGGAACAUGUGAUGCUUGAGACGCGAGGGGACGUUGGCUUCAUGCAUUUAUUAGUGGAGAAUCAGGGGGCUCAGGCAGUGGAGAGCACGUUUUCUGUCACUGAGCUGUUUCCUGAGCUGUCAUGCUGA